AGCGCCCUCCAUCUCCCGCCAUGUCUAUGAUGAGCAUGGGCUCCGGCCACAACUUUCGGCUGUCCAAUCUGAUGGUAGACAACAUGCUCAAGCGGGCCCGGGGUCGCAGCGCCUUCUUCACCAAGGAAAACUACAAGAGGCGGACCUUUGUGCUGGACGCCAACAGUCUCCGGUACUACCAGGGAGAUAUCAGGGUGGCCUACUUUGACGAGUACGAUCUACUGAGGCUCUAUGUGGUCGCCAACACCAAACACGACAGAGAUCUCUGGGUCAAGGCCAUCAAGAGAGAAUGCAUCAACAUGGGGGCGGAGUUCCUGUCGACCUACCACCCGGGCAUGUGGGACAAGAAGGCGGGAAAGUGGCGCUGUUGUGACGUGGAUGUGAAGGAGAACGAGGGCUGUAGGAGGGUCAUUGCAGAUGAAGUUCUGCGGUGCAGAGAUGAACAACAGCCUGAACCAGUCGGUGGUCAGUCAGAGCCAGCAUAAAGGCACCAGCCUGGUCAAGGUGUCCAGCAUGCUGAAGAGGUCACAGAACAAGAGCACCUUCUUCUCCUCCAACAACUACCAGGAGCGGGUCUUCAUGCUCGACACCGUCUGUCUGGCUUUCUACACUGGCUACGCGGAUGUGGCGUAUUACGAGGACGGGGCGUUGUACCAUCUGUACAUUGUGGCCAACACUGACCACGAGAGACUGGCGUGGAUUGCCGCCAUCAAAAGAGAGGUGGCUCGGUCCAGGGUGAGUUUGGCGCGACGGUACCACGACGGGGUAUGGCUGAAGAAGACGAGACAGUACAACUGUUGCAUGCGCGUGGAUCGUGAGGCCUUGGGGUGUGUGGAGGUGAUGGGGAUGAGUCUGACAAGUGUGAGAGACCGCACCAACACCAUGGACAGUAAUGUCAGUUUCCGCCACCGCCUGGGCACGUUAGACAGCGUCCCGGAGAGCGUUGCCAUGGCAAACUUUACACGAGAGGCGCCGCUGCUCUCCCGCGGGCGCUCCCGCCAGCCAAUCACCGUGGAGCCUGUCGACCCCAGGGAGAAGAAGAUGUCUGCCAACAAACAGGCGGGGACCUUCAAAGACAACAGAGCAAGGGACGCCAGGCAAGAUUCAACGCUCAGCAGUGGCCUUAGUGAAUCAAAAAAGAACACCAGCAACAACAACAACAGGAGUAACACGAACAAUAUGAACAAGAAUCCUGGACGAGAAAACACCCGAGGUGAGAAGACCCUGAACAAUCCAGAGUGGACCCAGGGGCUUAAUGACAUAGCCAUGAGCACCAUGGGUUUGCCCCCUAGGGGAGGUAAUAUCAGACCCCCGAACGAGCCAGUGGAUCCUUUCAGACCCGAGUCACCCUCAGACAAAACAGAGUCUGCUCUCCGUAUGAGUUUGCCACGGAGAGGCGGCAGUAUCAGACCUUUGCACAAGCCAGAAGAUCCAAUCACAGCCGAUUCCGCCAAGGAUGAUCCGAUAGUCACGCCCUCUAUGGGCUUACCUCAGAGAGGGGGCAGUAUUAUGCCUUCAAACAAGUCAGAAGAUCCAAUCACAACCGAUUCAGCCAAGGAUUCGCCUAUAGCCACACCUUCUAUGGGCUUACCUCAGAGAGGCGGUAGCAUAAAGCCUUUGAACAAGUCCAAAGAUCCAAUCACAGUCAAUCCUGCAAAUGAGAUCAAUGCAGACACGCCCCCUUUCGGGUUGCCGCAGAAAGGAAGCGGCAUGAGACCUUUGAGUAUGAGCAAGUCGGACGGCCCGACCCCUGUGUUGGAUGACAUCAGUCGAGGCAACAGCUCUCGCCUCAGGGAUGGUGGGGACAGAUCUAAGCUGCAGAGUAACACCACACUCAACUACAGUCAGUACACGGACGACUUUGAGACUCUGAGCGAGUGUGAGUUGUGA